AUGAUUCAUCCCCUCGCCAUCCUCUCCGAGGCUGAAACAAACCUCGCCCGGGACGUUGUCAAGGCAGCCCACCCCAACACAGUGAUCGACUUCCGGGAGAUCUUCUUGCAAGAGCCACCCAAGACACAGCUCGUGGAAUUUCUUGCACUCGAACAUGCCGGUCGCUUGAGCCCAACCACGCCUCGGCCACUUCGUCUGGCACUCUGUCAAUACGAUGUGAUUGGAGCCGAUCGUGUUCCCCAGUUCCACGAAUCGGUGGUCGAUGUGGUUGCUCGCAGUCGCGUGAAGCAUACCGUCGUGGGCAAACAGCACCAUGCCAGCUUGACAUUGAGCGAAUUCGAUGUGUUGGUGGAUCGUUGCAUGAGCUCGCCCUUGUUCCAAGCAGCCCUGGCCGAGUUCAAGCUGCCCGAGGGAUUUGAAGUCGUGAUUGAGCCAUGGCCCUAUGGUGGCCUGGAUCAUACCGAUGAGAACCGUCGUUAUUUCCAGGGACUUUGUUUCGCUCGCGAUACUCUGUCGGGCAACCCAGACACGAACUUUUACUCCUACCCACUGCCUGUGAUUCCCGUCAUGGACGCACACACACAAGAGAUCAUCCGAGUUGACCGACCGGCAACCGGUGGUAAUGGUGAUGGUCUGACCGAGCAGACCUUCAAGACAGACAUCAUUGGACAUUGCAAGCCCUCCGAGUACAUUCCCGAGCUUCUGCCGGAGGGAACACGCAAGGACCUCAAGCCUUUGAACGUGGUGCAGCCCGAAGGACCGUCGUUUAGAGUGACAGAUGAUUCAUUGGUAGAGUGGCAAAAAUGGCGCUUCCGUGUGGCUUUCAAUCCUCGCGAAGGUGCCACGAUCCAUGAUGUCUGGUAUGAUGGCCGCAGUGUGAUGCAUCGCCUGGCAGUUAGUGAAAUGACUGUCCCUUAUGCCGAUCCUCGACCGCCAUUCCACCGUAAGCAGGCUUUUGAUUUUGGUGAUGGUGGUGGUGGAAACAUGGCCAACAAUCUUUCCCUCGGAUGUGAUUGCCUCGGUGUGAUCAAAUACUUUGAUGCUGUGAUCACACAGGCCGACGGUUCCGCCCAAAAAUUGCCCAAUGCGAUAUGUCUCCAUGAGCAGGAUAACGGAAUAGGCUGGAAACACUCGAACUGGCGGACCGGUCGGGCCGUGGUCACUCGCCACCGGGAGCUCGUAGUCCAGUUUAUCAUUACUCUGGCCAAUUACGAGUACAUCUUCGCCUACAAGUUUGACCAGUCUGGCGGUAUCACAGUGGAGGCAAGAGCGACAGGUAUUCUCAACGUCGUCAACAUUGAUGCCGGCAAGGUCAGCGAGUAUGGCAACGUCGUGAGUGGUGGUGUCCUGGCACAGAAUCACCAGCACAUCUUCUGUGUCCGUAUUGAUCCUGCUGUGGACGGCUCAAACAACUCCGUUGUCGUUGAAGAAUCCCACCCGGUCCCAAUGAACCCUGUGACUAAUCCACAUGGCAACUUCUAUCAAGUCACGAAGAAGAUUAUUGAACAAGCUACCUAUCUCGAUGCUGCACCCGAACAUAACCGCACCAUCAAGAUGAUCAAUCCCCACAAAACCAACCCCAUCAGCGGGAACCCAGUCGGUUACAAAUUCAUCCCCCAGGCGACCCAGCUGCUCCUGGCGGAUCCCGAGUCUGUUCAAGCUCGCCGUGCUCAAUUUGCCCAACACCAUGUCUGGGUGACCAAGUAUCGGGAUGGGGAGCUCUACGCCGGUGGACGGUACACCCUGCAGAGCCAGUUCGAGGUCGAUGGUGUGGCUGAUGCUGUUCGUCGAGGGGACGCUGUUGCAGACACCGAUGUGGUGGUGUGGAACUCCUUUGGUAUCACGCAUAACCCCCGUGUUGAGGAUUGGCCGGUGAUGCCUGUGGAAAUUUUCCAGUUGAUGAUUAGGCCUGCGGACUUCUUCGUGGCCAAUCCAUCGAUCGAUGUGCCAUCGAACAAGAAUGGUUCCUCGCGGUUGGCCGAUUCGGAAUGUUGUCGAAAGGCCCAUAUUUAG